AUGAAGGUUGCCGUCAAAGCUCACGAACUCCGUAACAAGAACAAGGCCGAGCUCGUCAAGAUCCUUGACGAACAAAAGCAACAACUUGCCAACAUCCGUGUCCAAAAGGUCGCUGGUGGUAGAUCUCAAGAAAUUGGUGAAGCUCGCAAGAACGUUGCCCGUGUCUUGACCGUCAUCAACCAAACUCAACGUGAACAACUUCGUCUCUUCUACCAAAAGAAGCGUUUCACUCCCUUGGAUCUCCGUGUCAAGAAGACCCGUGCCAUGCGUAGAGCUUUGACUCCUUUUGAGAAGUCCAAGAAGACUGUUCGUGAGCAAAAGAAGUUGGCUCACUUCCCUCUUCGCAAGUACGCUGUCAAGGCUUAA